CGGAGGAGCCCGCAGCCGGAGCGGCCCGGAGCAGGUCGGAGGCCUCGUUCCUCCGCCCACCAGGUUCUGAAUGAUGCCUGACGCUAGUCUGUGGGCUAGCCCUCACAGCCCCUGUCAUUGUGGAUCGAGAAAGAACACGAAGGUCUAAGCGGCUCACCAGGGCCGAGUGCCGUACAGGAGAGAGCGACCUAGCCGGCCGCAGCUUCGGCUUUUCGGACGGGACAAAAGUAAAGUGCAGCCUGAAACAGCCAGAGAAGAUUCUCCCGAGGGAUUUUUGGAGCCACAAGCAGAGGCGACGAGGCAGCGCCGUCCACCUUCCUGAUUUACUGUGCGUCACCUUCCCAGACAGUUGGGCUGUCAAACACGGUCGGCCGCCUGCCUGCAGAGCACCAGAACGAUGAAGCAGUGAAUUGAUACCGCCGUUUCUGCCUAAUCCUAGCCAGAAUCACAGCCGACAGAGCAGCCCUGCCCUUUUUCUCUUCCCUUAAUCGGGCUGGGAGCAGCAGGAUGGACAUGGCUGGCCUCGUUAGUAGCCUGCUAAUGCUGUUCCUCGUUAGUCAGAACGGCUGCCUGGCCUUCAGAAGCCCACUUUCUGUCUUUAAGAGGCAUAAAGAAGCCCCCAGGACAUUAUCCAGUGACUGUCUCGGGACACCCAGACCAGUCAUUCCUCUGGAUUCAACUGAUUUUGCAUUGGACAUUCGAAUGCCAGGAGUCACGCCUAAACAGUCCGAUACCUACCUCUGCAUGUCAUUACGCCUGCCAGUGGACUCAGAAGCCUUCGUAGUGGACUUCAAGCCUCAUGGCAGCAUGGACACUGUCCAUCACAUGUUACUCUUUGGAUGUAAUAUGCCAUCUUCCACCGAAAAUCACUGGGAUUGUGACGAAGGAACGUGCACAGAUAAAGCCAAUAUUCUGUACGCUUGGGCCAGAAAUGCCCCUCCCACACGACUGCCCAAAGGUGUUGGCUUCAGAGUUGGAGGAGAAUCAGGAAGUAAAUAUUUUGUGCUCCAGGUUCACUAUGGGGAUAUCAGUGCCUUUAGAGACAACCACAAGGAUUGUUCUGGUGUGACCUUGCACCUGACCCGCCUGCAACAGCCUCUCAUAGCUGGAAUGUAUCUUCUGAUGUCUGUGGACACCGUCAUCCCACCAGGAGAGAAAGUGGUUAAUGCUGAUAUUGCUUGCCAUUACAACAAUUAUCCAAUGCAUCUCUUUGCCUAUAGAGUUCACACCCAUCACCUAGGUAAGGUGGUCAGUGGCUACAGAGUAAGAAAUGGACAGUGGAUGCUGAUCGGCCGCCAGAGUCCCCAGCUCCCACAGGCUUUCUAUCCAGUGGAGCAACCCGUAGACGUGAGUUUUGGUGAUAUUUUAGCAGCGAGGUGUGUGUUCAGUGGUGAGGGCAGGAAAGAAGACACACGUAUUGGGGGUACAGCUAGUGACGAAAUGUGCAAUUUCUACAUCAUGUACUACAUGGAGGCUAGGCAUGCCACUUCCUAUAUGACCUGCAUCCAGAACAUCAGUCCAGCUAUGUUCCAAACGAUCCCUCCAGAGGCCAAUAUUCCGAUCGCGGUCAGGUCUGACAUGGUCAUGAUGCACGGACAUCACAAAGCUCCCCGGAUAGAAACCAAGAAUUCCGAUCCAGCCUCUCAAGUGCAGGAGCCAAAAAGAGAUGAGGAGGAAGUACUGGAUCAGGGUGAUUUUUAUUCCCUCCUUUCCAAGCUGCUAGGAGAAAGGGAAGAUGUCAUUCAUUUGCAUAAAUAUAAUCCCACAGAAAAGGCAGUGGCCGAGAUUGCCAAUGUAGCCCAAAAGAAGGAUCUCGGUUGGUCCGGGCCCCAAGAGGGAACAGCUCGGGAUGAAAGGGCCAAUGCCAUUCUGGUCAGAGACAGGAUUCACAAAUUCCACAGACUAGAGGCCACCGUCAGGUCUCCAGGGAACAGACGGUUGUCUGUGCAGCAGACCCUGCGGGGCGAGGGCGUCGGGGCUGCCGCGCUCCUAGGAGAUUUCCAUAUGGAAGAGGUUCCGGACUGGCCCGGAGUCCACUUGCGGCUGGGCCAAGUUUCUGGAUUGGCUGUGGACCUUAACAAUCGCCUGGUGGUUUUCCACAGGGGCGACCACGUCUGGGAUGGAAACUCGUUUGACGCAUCGUUUGUUUACCAACAAAGAGGACUCGGCCCGAUCAAAGAGGCGACCAUCCUUGUAAUCGACCCAAACAGCGCGGCGGUACUUCAGUCCACUGGAAAAAAUCUGUUUUAUUUACCUCACGGCUUGAGCAUAGAUAAAGAUGGAAAUUACUGGGUUACUGACGUGGCUCUCCACCAGGUCUUCAAGCUGGCAUCAAACCCUCAAGAGCAUCCUCUGCUGAUCUUAGGAAAGAGCAUGCAACCGGGCAGUGACAAGAAUCAUUUCUGCCAACCCACUGACGUGGCUGUGGAUCCGGGGUCCGGAGCCAUUUAUGUCGCCGACGGCUACUGCAACAGUCGGAUCGUCCAGUUUUCCGAGGACGGGGAGUUUGUCACCCAGUGGGGUGAAGAGACUUUGGAAGUCCCCGCUAAACCUGGCCAGUUGAGCAUCCCCCACAGUUUGACUCUCGUGCCAGAGGUGGGUCAGCUCUGCGUGGCCGACCGAGAAAACGGUCGCAUUCAAUGCUUUAAAAGUGCCACCGGGGAAUUCGUCAGGGAGAUCAAGCACAUGGAAUUCGGAGGAAAUGUAUUUGCCAUCUCGUACGUCCCAGGACUGCUCCUGGCAGUAAAUGGAAAGCCGGUCUUUGGAGAGGGAAAACCAGUGCAAGGCUUUGUGAUGAACUUUUCAGAUGGGAGCAUUAUAGACACUUUCAGUCCAGGACGAAAGCACUUUGACAUGCCGCACGAUAUCGUUGCAUCCGAAGACGGGCCGGUGUACGUGGGAGAUGUCCACGCCAACACCGUCUGGAAGUUUGCCACCACCGAGAAAAUGGAGCAUCGGUCAGUGAAGAAGGCCGGCAUCGAAGUGCUAGAGACGCAAGAAGCAGAAACAGUGGCUGAAACGAGGGUGAAGACCAAGCCAGCCCCGCCAGAGAUGCUAAAGAUGCAGGAGAAACAGAAGUUGAUCAAGAAAACCAACUCGGGCGUCUCCUUUCUCCUGAUUACCGCCCUGCUCGCCGUCCCCAUCGUUGUCCUGCUGGCCAUCGCUGCAUUCAUCCGCUGGAAGAAGUGCCAUCACUAUGGAGCAGACUCUGAUCACAAACCUGACUCAAGCUCAGGAAGAAUCCUGGGAAGACUGAGAGGAAAAGGCCGCGGGGGCCUAAACCUGGGAAACUUCUUUGCCAGUCGCAAAGGCUACAGCCGGAAAGGGUUCGACCGGCUCAACACCGAGGGGAGCGACCAGGAGAAGGACGAAGACGACGGCAGUGAGUCGGAAGAAGAGUACUCCGCUCCCCUGGCUGCAGCGACGGUUCCCCCUUCCUCCUGAAACUCUUGCAUUUCCCACGAGGAACAGUUUCACCGAGAUCGCCAGAUCCCUUUAGCACGUUUAAAGUUUUGUGAAUUUAAUUGUAGACCGUACACUCUUGGGUUUUUUUUUUUGUUUGUGUUGGUUUACUUUACUUCUGAUCUAGUGUGGUUUCCAGCGGAGGAGAGUCCGGAAAGUUCAUCCUAGCGCCGUGCCCUGUCCGACAUCUGGUAAGAGAGAACAGUCCUCUUGUGGGAUUGUGAGGUCAGUUCGAAGGCUGUCAGCAUUUGUUCAUUUCCAGUUGGGGACUUUUCUGUGUGUGUAAAUAGCCCCGUUCUCUGCUUUAACCCGGUAUUUUCCAAUAGCACUUUGCUGCUGGUUUCUUUCUUUGGUGCCUUUCCUACUCAGCAUUCUCAGUCGACGGCGGCAGUACAGAGGAGAUACGGCCACACCAAGAUGAAGCUGCUAAAUCUCCGUCUAUUUUUUUAAAAUCACUAACGUUAUAUUGCCACGAGGGAAAGAAAUAAAGUCUAUUUAAUUUUGUUUUCUUCUUUGGUUGCUGUGUUUAUGGGAUGUCUUAUUUUUCAAUGGUUAAACUGUUAGAACACUAUUUUCAGAAUCUGAAUGUAAUUUGUGUAAUAAAGUGUUCUCAGAGCA